CAGAGUGUGUCGUGGUAAAGUUUUAACAUCUUUCCCACAUGUACCUGCCUUUUUUUUUUUUUUGAUGAUUUGAAUCUGGCAUAAAACACCUUCUUCAGAUCCAGAGAAGAGUCAUCCGGAAACAAAAAUUCUCCACAAUCUUUUGGUAGAAGACCAAACUGUGUGUUUUUUUCAAACAUACUGUAUACAACAACAAAAAGGCAAACAUCUAAGAAUUUGAAUGAGACUUCAACCUGUUUACGACAGAGGUUACUGCAGCAGCAGCGCCAGUGGGACGAGCAGCAUGCGAGAAGAGGAUAUUGAAAUUGCAAUCAAAGUUGUAAUUGUGGGCAAUGGUGGCGUUGGAAAAAGUUCAAUGAUACAGCGCUACUGCAAAGGAAUCUACACAAAGGACUACAAGAAAACAAUUGGUGUUGAUUUCCUUGAGAGACAAAUCGAAAUUGAUGGUGAAGAUGUCAGAAUAAUGCUGUGGGACACAGCCGGGCAGGAGGAAUUCGAUGCUAUUACCAAAGCCUAUUACCGCGGUGCGCAAGCGUGUGUGCUGACGUUCAGUACAACAGAUCGAACGUCGUUCGAGGCCUUAAAGGAUUGGAAAAUGAAGGUUGAAAAUGAGUGCAAUGAAAUACCCACAGUUAUAGUCCAAAAUAAAAUUGAUCUAAUGGAUCAAGCUAUAGUUACUGCCGAUGAGGUUGAAACUGUUGCAAGAAAUCUUGGUUGCCGACUGAUAAGGACCUCCGUCAAAGAAGAUGUAAAUGUGGCGUCAGUAUUUCGAUAUUUGGCAACCAAAUGUCAUCAACAAAUGACACAAUCCUAUAAUACAGUUCUGCCUAUUGGUCAACCACAAAUAAGUCCUUUAAGUCCAACAUUUACAAAAUCAAAUGGAACGAUAAUUUUAAGGCCAGCCAAAAAAUCAUCAAAAAAGAAACUUGUGUUGAAAAAAUGUGGAAUACUUUAAGAAAAAGAAAAUUAUAUAUUUAUUUAAAUGACUUACAUUAUGUUAAAGUGUAUUUUUUUUUUUUUGUAUCUUAAUAAGAAUGUGAAUGAUAAUUAUGUUUUUGAUUUCUUUUAAGAA